UUCGAAGAACAAGUUUCCAACCUCGUUCCCGAUCUCGAGUGACCCGAGUGUCUUGCUACCUGCACCUGGGAGCGUCUCGCUGUCCCCUCGUAUUGUCUGUUAUGCGAUCGUGGUAGGCAGUGGCACUUGUACUAGAAGAUCUUGAUUUUGGUGGCUCAACUGUGGUCGCAGCAAAAUGACUGUCACAAAUCAACGUGUUGCGGUCAAUCCUUGUCUCGACGCUAAUGCGUCACUUGGAAUAGAUGAGGCCUGUUUUAGCAUUUUGAACAAGAAUAAUAGAUCUGUCGAAUUAUAUUCUCAGUUGUCGGACUGCUUCCUCUGCAAAUAUGUAUCACUGGCUACUUUACCAGCGGAAGAAAACACUACUUUAGUUGUACCUACGAAAUUUCCUAUGAACGUAUUUUACAUGCUAAAUAACCAAAGUUAUUGUUCCCAAAUGUUCAAUUUUAAAGAGCAUGGAAGUUAUGGGUGGAAUAUUUCUGCGAAAGAAGAUUGCUCGAUUUAUACGAUUCGUGAAUCAAUAAACAGUUACCUUCCGAUAUUUGCGGCUUUCAUGGUAUACGUUCUGUUAACGAUUUUAUUCGCCACCGCCAAAGUCAUCGUGCGUGUGGUGAAGGGAAAAUUGUCACCGGACAAUGUACGCGAUGAUCUGGACAAUCUUCAAGAAGCGGAGGCGCCGAAUCUCAUAGUCAGGACAAACAGAUCUAGCACCAGGAUCCAUUCGGUCGAUACGUUCCGAGGGAUUGCGAUAUUACUGAUGAUAUUUGUCAAUAACGGCGGUGGCAAGUACGUGUUUUUCAAUCACAGCGCGUGGGACGGUCUGACGGUGGCCGACUUAGUAUUACCUUGGUUUGCGUGGAUCAUGGGAUUGUCGAUCACUAUAUCGAAACGAUCGGAGCUCCGUGUGGCGAACUCGCGCUGCAAGAUUAUCCUGCGUUGCCUGCAACGCGCGAUUAUCCUCGUGCUGCUCGGACUGAUGCUGAACUCGUUUCACAGCGCGUCGAAGUCCGGCUACAGCCUAAAGGAUCUCCGAUUCCCGGGCGUUCUUCAGCUGCUGGCCGUGUCGUACUUCGUAUGCGCCACCAUCGAGACGAUAUUUUUGAGGACACAUUCUCAGGACGGCGUGUUACAGUUCGGUCGAUUUACAAUCCUGCGGGAUAUCUUGAACAAUUGGGCGCAGUGGUUGAUCAUUUUAGCGAUUACGACGACGCACACCCUGAUCAUGUUCUACCUGCCCGUCCCGAAUUGUCCGACGGGAUACUUGGGACCCGGUGGUUACGCUAAUAAUGGAACCCUCCCGAACUGUACCGGAGGCGCAGCCGGUUACAUAGACAGGCUCGUGUUUGGCAGUCAUAUGUACGCUAGAACAAAAGAUCCGGUAUACGGCACUAUUUUACCCCACGAUCCCGAAGGAAUAAUGAGCACGAUUUCUAUAAUACUUGUUGUGUACAUGGGUGUUCAUGCUGGAAAGAUCUUAUUAAUGUAUUACCAAUGCAAUGCUAAAGUGACACGCUGGUUGCUGUGGUCAUUCGUCAUCGGUCUUAUUGCUGGAAUAUUAUGCAAAUUUCAAAAAGAGUUUGGACUGAUACCAGUCAACAAGAGAAUGAUGUCGCUCUCAUUUAACUUGACAGUAUCCUGUUUUGCAUUUUUAUUAUACGCGCUCUUACAUUUCCUUAUCGAUCAUAAACAAUAUUGGAGCGGCGCACCAUUCAUCUACGCAGGCUUGAACCCAAUUACUCUCUAUGUUGGGCAUACUAUUACCACGGGCUUAUUUCCGUGGGCUUGGAAACUGUCGCAUCCUACGCAUUGGUCAUAUCUCGCUAUGAAUUUGUGGACUACAACUUUAUGGGGUGUUAUCGCAUAUUGGUUGUAUUUAAAAGACAUUAUUAUAUCCGUUUAAAAAUGUUUAAAAAUGUCAGAGGCGUUAUUAAUGAUUUCAUCGUAAGACGUUACGAUCCUGCGUGCGAGGGAUCAAGUAAAUUUUGUUACAGAUUGCUACGCUUGCAAUACUUUUUUUUUUAGUUUAGAUAUAUAUACGAUAUUUAUGAGACUGCGAUUUACGAAAGCGAAUAAUUCUCGAAUAAAUGUGAUAAGAGAAACGAAAGAGAAGGUAGUUUUGACGUUAUACAAGUAAUCAUCGCUCAUUGACAAAUGUAAAACUAUACAAAUAACGCAAUUUUCACUUUAAUUAUUAAUCAUUUUGUCAUGUAUUAACUUUAUAAAUAAAACUUUUAUAACAUUUAA